AUGCUCGAUGCUGUCCAAAGGAGGGCGGUCCGACUGAUCGAUGACUCUUCUCUAACAGACAGUCUCGGGACUCUUUCGCACCAGCGGGCGGUCGUCGAUCUACCUCUCUUCUACCGCUACACCAACGGGCUUUGCUCCUCAGAGCUCUCUUCCAUGAUGCCGCCGCGCGAUGUGCCUGCCAGACAGACCCGCCUGACUUUGACCUCUCAUCCUAACCGUGUCGAACUUCGUACAUCUAGAACUGGCCAAUACGACCGCUCCUUUGUCCCGAGGACCCGUCGGACUUUGUCCUGCCAUCCCAACCGUGUCGAACUUCGUACAUCCAGAACUGGCCGAUACGACCGCUCCUUUGUCCUGAGGGUGUCGAGAUUGUGGAACAAUCUACAAGAGGAAGCUUUUCCCAGUUCUACUAACCUUAGGCAAUUUUUGCCUCACAUCGGCAACAUUGUCUGA